UUUUGACCAGCCGUAAAGCGCCAUACAGGAAGUCAUUUACACGGCUUACUGCUCUUGUUUUGACACCUCAAAGUAAGCGCGUACACCUCGGGAUGCCCCUCUCUGUUCAUCUGGUUGAAGUUGUACGGAAGGAGUUUUAAAUCUGAGUGACGGAGCUGAGCAAAGCGACAUUGAGUCGAGCUGUGAAGGUGUUUACAGCCCAUGAGUCGCAGCAGGAACCCUCCUCCCCGGGGUCAAGGGGCAGCCAGAGCCAAACAGAUGGGGCUUCUUCUCGACCUUACCCCGGAUGGAGGGAUGGACGAUGAUGGAAAUGACGAGGACCUGGAGGCAGAGCUCCUCAGUUUGGUGGGAGGAGGCGGGAAAGGAGGGAGACCACAAGGGAAGAAAGGGGAUGGAAGAUCUCCUGUUCCAAUGGCUGAAAUUGAGCGAAUGGCGGCUCUAUGUAUGAAAGAUCUGGACGAUGACGACAUGGGAGACGAAGAUUUGGAUGAUGAAGAGCUGUUGGCAGAAUUAAACGAAGUGUUGGAGGACGACGAGGCGGACACUCCUGCUCCAACGCGCCCCGCCGUCACUUCCACUGCUCCUAAAGUGAGCGUCUCUUCUCCCAGCGCUCCUGGAGGAUUGGAGUCUCGCCUGUUGGAGCGCCUUGAUAUGUAUCAGAAGGCUACAGCCAAUGCCAAGGCCGCAGGCGAGACUAGUAAAGUUCGAAGAUAUGACAGAGGGUUGAAGACGUUGCAGUCCAUGUUGACGUCUGUGAAAAAAGGGAAGCCAAUCAAUGAAGAGGAGAUUCCUCCUCCGGUUGCCAUUGGCGCAAAAUCGAACGCUCCAGCCGAGCCUGAACCCGUCAAGGAACGAGAACCGCCCGCGCUGAUUCCCUCCCCUCCUUCUAAUCAGAAACCACUGAGGGAGCCAGCGCCAGAAACUCUGAACACUAAACCGAGACAUCUGACCCCUCCCCAAAAACCAGCUGCUGCCAUCACCCCAGAAACGCCUGCGAUCUCCCCCCUGACGCCCAGUCAACCUGACGCCCGGCACUCGGAGGUGAAACGGGCCGUGCUGUCCAGACAGAGGGAGUAUAAGAUGGCUGCCAUUCAGGCCAAGCAGAGCGGUGACAUCAACCUGGCCAAGCAGCACUACCUCACUGCCAAGAAGCUCGACUCGCUAGUGGAGGCUGUGGACCGAGGGGAACCAAUGGAGCUGAGCUCACUACCUCCCCCUCCAGGAGAUGCAGUGGUGCAGCAGAGUGCGCCUGUUCCUCCUCAGACUUCUACCAAACCUGCUGCUGCUCCUGCUGCUGCUCCUGCUCCUGCACCCACCCAGAUAGCCACCAACAACCUUCCUGCUCCCGGCAGCGUGGCAGAGGCCCUGAAGCAGAGGAUGGACAUUUACAAGCAGGCAGCAGAGGGAGCCAAGAGCAAAGGAGACGAUCGCAAAGCUCGCAUGCACCAGCGGAUUAUCAAGCAAUACCAGGACGCCAUCAAAGCUCACAGCGCAGGCCGACCUGUCAACCUGAACGAUCUCCCGGUGCCUCCUGGAUGUCCUCCUCUCCAGGGCUCAGAGGGGAGUCAGCAGAACCUGAUAGGUGUCCUGGAAACGGCUCUGAAAAUAGCAAAUCAGGAUGCCGACGCAGAUGACGAUGAUGAGGAUGGACAGAAAGAGGCUGCCAAGCCUGCAGUGCGUCCACCUGUGCAGAAAGCAAAGUCUCCGGCUCCCCCAGGCCCUGCAGGAUCCUCAACUCCAAAACUGGGACCGAAAGCCCAGCAACAGGUGGACUUCCUCUUGCUAAGACGACAGGCCUUUUUGCGCGCAGCGCUUCGCUCCAAACAGAUGAAGGAUAUGACGGGAGCAGCACAGCACCUCAGACACGCCAAAGGACUGGAACCCAUGGUUACGGCUGCAAAGUCUGGCCUUCCUGUUGACAUCACAAAGAUUCCAAGCGCUCCGGUGAGUGAGGAGGAUUAUUCGCUGGGCCGUUCCCGGGCCUCUCCUCGCUCCAGUGAAAAAUACCAAACACUCAUGGAUCUCCUGCGAAAGCAACACGAGAAAUGUCUGGGCUUCUCUCAGCAAUUCACACUCAUGGGCAACGUAGGCGAGGCUUUGAAGUCUGAGAAGCUGGUUGAGGAGACUAUGAAGUACAUAGAGCUGCUGAAGAACGCCCACACCAAGGGCCACCCGGUCCCCAAGUGCCUCACCCAGGAGAGAACCUUCAACUCUGCAAAGAUCAACUCCGACCUAUCUCCCAGUGACCUGGUACUGUACAUCAUCCGAGGCAUCAACCUGCCCGCUCCAUCAGGCGUCUCUCCUAAUGAUCUGGACGCCAGCGUAAAAUUCGAAUUUCCCUUCCCCAGCUCGGAGGACGCCCAGAGGGACAAAACCGGCACGGUGAAGAACAGCAGCAGUCCAGAGUUCAAAGAGCAGUUCAGACUCAACAUUAACCGAACCCACAGAGGAUUCAAACGGGUUGUUCAGUCCAAAGGCAUCAAGUUUGAAGUCGUCCACAAGGGAGGGCUGUUCAAGACGGAUAGAGCAGUAGGCACUGCGCAGCUGAAACUAGAGGCUCUAGAGAACCACUGUGAAAUCAGAGAGAUCAUAGAAGUGAUGGAUGGCCGUAAAGCUACUGGGGGGAAGCUGGAGGUGAGGGUGAAGAUCAGAGAGCCUCUCUCAGGAGUGGAGCUGCGGCCGACGACGGAGAAGUGGUUCGUUCUGGAGCCGGUGUCGCCGCUUUCUCCUCCGGGGAGGCAAAAGGAGCGAGCUCCAUCUCCUCCGUCUAAACCCAAACACGAGUCGAGCGGCAGAAGCGGUCGCCCCGACGGCUCUCCUCCGCAGUACAAACUCCACAGCUUCAGCCUCCUCAACUACGACAAGGAGCGGCUGGAGAGGAAGAUUGCAGAUUACCGGAAAAACCAUCGCGAUCCCCCGCCUGACCUCAUUCAUCAACACAAAGAGGUCACGCACAGGCUGCGCUGGCAGAAAGCUCAGCUGGAGCGAGCCUCUCCGGCUCUGCUGACAGAGUAUGAACACGUGCUGCUGCGCUUCGUCCAAGGACUUUCUGAGUCUGUGAAAAAAUACUCCAGCCAAGGCAACAGGGAAGCCGCAAAGGAUGCCCUGGGAAGGAUGAAGAUGGUAGAGAUUGAGCUGGAAUCCCUAAAACGAAAACGCACCGGGUGAAAGAACAGUGAGGUGGAGACUUGGCUGCAGUACUGUUAUCUCUCUCAUUCACGCUCCUGCACACCGACGCUGCAGAACGCACCUUAAGCGUGACGAUGUCGUGUCCAAGACCACUGCAUGACCCAACCUCUCCUUCCUCUGUCUGUCUGUAUGACCUGUUCACCAUGUGGGCUGUAACUACCAAGGGAGGCGGAUGUUAAAGGAAUCAUUUAGAGGCAUGAUGGGGGAGAAGGACGUGCUGAAUCACUUGCACUUAUUCAAAGAAACACUACAGAAAUUUGCAAUCAUUUUUUUAACGAUGUGGGAGAAAAUCUAUGUAGGGAUUUUAUGUUUGAUGUAUCAUACCAGCUUUUUUGGUGUUCUCAAAUGAACAAAUAUACAUAAAUAUAUGUAUACUGGUAUAUAUAUUUGUGUGUGUGUGUGUAUGACCUGAGGUGCAUUGAACCAGUGGAUUGGGGUGGAAUUAACCCUUUCUUGCAGCAUUUUCCCUGUGUAAUGAGCUUAAUCUAAUCUGUCUGCACCAGUGUUCCCAGAUUACAGUAAUCUGUCCUGUUUGGAGGGUUUCCAUACGGGGAGGAAAGAAAACUUAAAGGGGAAUAAAAAGAAAACGGGGCUUCUGGGUGCCUGUGCUUACAUCCCAUAAUGAGGGAUUAGUUUGUGAGUCACCAAGGAGGUGACUAGAAGACGUUGAGUCGGUGUUAGAGGGAGGCAGGAAGAGGAGUUUGGGUUCCUCCUCCAUCGGCUGAAGUGUUUUCAGGUCUUUUCCUCGUGUGGUUCCAGUCUGAAGCCCAAAAUUAUUUAUACCGCCCAGAAAUUUUAAUCCAAAAAUUUCAAUCCAAAAUGAUUUUCCUUCAACCAAGAAGAUUUAAAAUACAACAAAACAGUGCAAAAGGGGAGUAUCGAUUUCGACUAUAAUAUUUUUUGUAUUUAAUUUACAUUUUAUUAAACAUGUCAUGUCAAAAAUAAUUUUUUCCUCUUUAAAAAAAAUCCUUAUGGGCUUUGCAGCAGUCAAACUUCUCACACAGUAAUUUCCAUCAAUUGUUAUUGGGAUUAUUACUGUGGUGAGUUUUGAAUCCUCCACACCAUCACCCUCAUUUUUUUAUUUUUUUUUUAAUCUACUUCCUUUUCUGUGUCUGUACUCUGGCUGCGGCGCUGCAGAAUGUGAAGAAGCAUGUCGGUAAAAUUAAAAGCUUGUUUAAAUCUACGUCUGCCAGCCCAGCCUUGCACAUUAUGCUCAUCUUCAGCGUGGAUGUCAUUCAGUUUGACAUUUUACUGAUUUAUUUUAGUCUUUCCUUUCUAUUCUGGUUUUUAAAAACCAGAAGUUGGAAUUUGUUGUGAUUUUAUUUAUUAUUUUUUUAUUUUUUUAUUUAGAAAUGGUCAGAUGGUCUCAAAUAUGAAAAUACAAACUUCCCAGUUUCAUUGUGGAAAACCUAUAUUUAAUUUUUUUUAUUUUGUGGUUUCCUGCUCAGACCAGCUUUAGGUAGCCGCUAAUGUUCUGUAGGACUGACGUUUAGACCGUGCUAGAUCCCGCUUCGUCCGGUCCAAAGUCAGUUUUGAUUUGUUUGGGAUCUUGGUCCUGUUGGUUGGACACCUGGCUGAUGAUUUGGGCCAGUUUAAAGGUGUGGGUUUUGAAGCAGUGGCCAGUAGUGUGGGAAGUGACUCUGGUCUCUCUUAUGAUGGGGAUGAGUCUUGGUGGUUCUUGGGUUCUUCCUCUACCUCCUAAAAUGUCGGUUUGGGUCAGAUGGUUAAAAUUUAGAUAGUCGUAUUCCAGCAAGACAGUAAUGCCAAAGUCACAUUGAAACUGUGUUUGAACUGCUGACAUAAAUCUUCCUGGGCGACAUUUCCAAAGCCCCGGUAUCGAAGCAUUGAAUGUAGGUGGACUUUGCUCAAAAGCUCCUCUAGGCAUUUCCUCCAAGAAGGGCAGUCACUUGUCAAGCCAACAUUGUUGAUGGCUACAGGAAGUACUAAAACUCUGCUUGCUUUAAGCGUUAACGCUGCAUGUUGUCAUACUUCAGCCCUGGUAGACACAUGUCCCCAAAAAGGCGCAGAAUCAAAACCCUCAAAUGAAAGCUCCCUCAUUAACUGCUGGAACUGCUUUCGGAGGCUUAUCCCAGCUUGAAUGUGUUCACGCUGUCAAACAACAAUUCAUUCUUCCAGCUGUCUAUUAGGAAACCACGAGCAGCUGCUGCAUCUUUUGCCGCUGGUUUCUGUGGUGGCGUUUUGCGGAAGCCAGACCGCGUCCAGCUGAGACCGCGUCCAGCUGAGACCGCUGGCAGCAGCACAGCCAACGCUGAGAGGUCUGACCCCGGGGAGGCUUUGUGUCGGUGCGAUGAGGUAAUUGCUCAAAUAAUCCCUGUUAAAAGUCGGCGCUCGGAAAUCUCCCUAAACUUGGAUAAACGUUUUCAGUUGCAUAGCUUGAGAUGGCCAUUAAAUGACAAAGGCGGUCUGUUCACAAAGCUGCUGAUUUCCAUUCACUCCAGGGUGGCGCAGCUAACUUUAAAGACAUUUAAACGCUUGUUUCGAGCAAAAAGCGACGGCGUUGAUGCUUCGCUCUGACGCAUGCAUGCAGCAGUGCAGUUUAAAUGUUGAUUAAUCUGAAAAGCUCUACAUUGGGAGAGAUUUAGAUGCUGUGACUUUGACUAGUAUUAAUGCAGGCUCAAUGGAUCGGCUGUGUUCAAAGGUCUUCCUUAAAGUUUUUUGCAUCGCAGAAAUAGAAGAGCGAGCCAGAGGUCAGGUCACAGGUUGGUUUUCUUUCACAUUGUCAGAUUAGAAGCGCGUCUGCUCUCAUAAUACUCAUGUGACACGUGUUGAUUUAGGUUGUUUUUUCUUUCUUUUUUCUUUUUUUAAUUAAAGUGUUUUUGCCAGUGUAGAAUAAUUUUGAGCACAAGUUGGAAUUUUUUGUGGAUUUUCUCUAAAUCAUAAGGGUCAUACGUUGAACAGACGGGAACAAAUAUGUUCAUAUGCCCUCGUAAAUUAUUUUUGGCGACCUGCAAAGAAGCGGUACGCCAAUACAACUCGUAGAAAAGCAUACUGUCACCAUGAUUCUGCCACCACCGUGCUUGACUGUUUCCAAAGUGUUUCAGAAGGAUUCCUGGACAGAAAUAGUUGUUUUGAGGUUGUGUGAGAGUUUCACCACGUUGAAGGAACUCUUCAGGUGCAUCUCUAAAAGCCAAAACCUUCGUGCUUAUUUAUAUUGAGCAUUAUUUUGACCGUGACUGUGCAUUUGUAGGGUUACUGAUAGACUCGAUGCUUCACAUUUAGCAAGAGUCUCCAUACUUUGGGUGACUGCACUCAAAUCUCACAUCCGUUUGCUCGGAUGUGGGAUUUAUUUUAGUAGCGUCCGUGUUAGAUGGUGGAGUUGAUGCUCUGUUUUUGUUGUCUUAAAAGUCGUCGUGUCCUAAUGAAAAGGAAAAACGCACAAAGCAAUGUCUUCUCCAAAAUUCAAAACCAAGAUGCAUCAACCAUGAUGAACUGUAGCUAAAACGCUGUUUUCUAAAUUUGCUUGAGUUCAAUCAGAGCUCAUGUAGCGCUUUGGGAAAGUUUGUUUUGGGUUUUUUUUUCUGGGCUAAAACUGCUUUUGAUGCCUCAUUAUGGCUUCGUUGCAGCGUCAUGUAGCGUCAUGUCAAUGCCGCUAUGAUAGUAAAAUUAAUACAAAUAAAUAUGUGAUGCAUUUUGAGAUGUCAGUAGAUCCUUCAGAAGGUUAAAAACAGAAAACGAUAAGAAUAAAGCAAUUUAAAACAUGGCCUCUGAUCCUGAAACCGGGAACAUUUCACCGUUUUAUAUAAAGCCCAUAUUAUCCCGAACAAUCACUGCAUUCCUCAUGUGACCUCAUGUGACCUCAUGUGACCUCCUGGCCUCCGUAGCUAUCCUGUUUUCAUGGCAACAAGCUCAUCAGCAUUCAUGGUGAUGGGACAGCAAAAAGAAAGACAGCGGUGAAAAUGUGUCCUGCUGAUGAUUCGCGCUCCUCUCCUGGUUUUAUACCAUGCUAAACACACACACUCACACACACACACACACACACACACAUUCUCACACUAAUUGUUUGGUCCUUAAAAGCUUGUUUCUCAUUUUGUUUUGUUUUUUCCUUUUGUUAAACGAACUGUAUGAAACUCAUUCCUCUGUUCGUAAAACCACGAUUGUCGUUUUUUCUUUUAAGUCAUGAAAGGGCAGUCAGUAUAAAUCUUUUUUUUUUUUUCACUAACUAAGUUGCUCUAUUUAUAUAUUCCAGGUUUUGGUUAUCAGUGCAGCUCAAAAGUAGGAAUGUUCCUGAUUCUUCAGGCUUUAUGAUUUAAUGUAUGACUUUGGUUUUAAAACAAAUAAAACGGUGAAAUA